AUGUACGAAGACGAUAAACCAACAGCAAUAGUAAUUGACAAUGGUUCUGGAAUGGUGAAAGCUGGUUUUGGUGGGGAUGAUGCCCCUCGAGCUGUAUUUCCAUCAAUAGUUGGACGUCCAAGAGAGAAAGUACCAACCAAUCAAUUCUAA